AUGGCUACCACAAACGACAAGGCAAUGUGCCGGCUCCUUUUUGCAAUGUUAAAACAGAAAAAUCUCAAGGAUAUUGAUUGGAACAAAGUCGCUGCAGACCCCGUUCUUCUUCAGCCCAUCACCAACGGCCAUGCCGCAAGAAUGCGAUACAGCCGUUUCAAGGCAUCGAUGGAUCCCGAGGCCAAACUGCAUAAAUCAGCCGAUAACGCUACCCGAGUGACCAAACCCAGGAAGGAGAAAGGCGUAACUGUGAAAGGAAAGCAACCGACUAGCCAAGAUUCUGCACUCGAUGAGACUCCUAUAGGGGGCAAAAACUACACGGCAUCGCCAUUCGCAAAUGUCAAACUCGAAUCCCCUUCGUUUGCCCCCUUACCCACACCAACGACUUGCGUCGUAUAUCCCGACAGCCAAGUCAGAUUUCACAACAGGCUCAUGACACCCAGCAGCGACUUGAUGGGUAGCCCUGUGAGCGAAUUCCUCAACGCGGAGGCUUUCGAAUUUUCUCCUGCUUCGGAUACUCAAUGCAGCCCUGAUCAUGAACAGCAGCCGUCCUGGCACAACAGCCCUACCUACCUCAACUUUGGCAUGCCCCCCAACUUUGGUGAACAAGCUUCUUCUGCCAUGGUCGACUCUCACAUGUACAAACGAAGCUCAUCGGCCAUGGCUCCCGAGACUCCCAAGAAGGAAGCCCCUGCACCGACUGCCCAGGAGGCCGCCUUCUUUAUGUACGUCAUGAAGCAUAACAAGAACGCUCCGGAUGUGGACUGGGAUGCCGUGGCCCAAGAUGCAAACCUCAAGAACGGCGGUUGCGCCCGGACUCGCUUCCGACAGAUCAAGGUGAAGUUGGGCUUCGCAGCCGCCGAGACCGGAACCCCAUCCCCCGCCUCCAAGCCAGUUGGAGUGACCAAGAAGACAAGCACGCCCAAGACUCCGCGUGGCAAGGGCAAAAAGAAGACCGAGGAAAAGGCAGACAGCAUAUCCCAGGAUGAAUUCAAGAAGGAGGAAAGCCAGGAGGCUUCCGACGACAACCCAUUCAAGUUCACCAAAGAGCAGGAGGAGGAGGAUAUCUUUGCUAAGACUUGA